CUGGCCGCUGUACCAGAAGCUCCCCAUUCCCCAGCCCUCGAAUAGCGCCCAAGAGGCACUAAGGGCAAACAGUUUGGGACACUGACUGCGUAUAUAGUUACGCUGACGUCAAGCAUAGGUCAAGUUAAAUAGCUUCGCGUCUCGAUACCAAGCUCAGUCUUCCCAUCUGCGUAUUGGGUUCUGUCAACUCCUCCAAUAUUCAUGGAGCUGAAGAUCCCACCGAGUCCGCGCUGUUCGGGUCAAGCGACGAUGUCUUCUACACUUUACGACGUUCUGGUUGCCGCUGCAAGUCACCAAACCCGGCAUAGAGCUGAAGAACGCUGACUGAGGGCCGAGAUACGAUGUCAGUAGGCCGAGGUCGAGCUGAUCGCUUUGUGUCUCAAGCUAUAACCCUCCGUCUUUCCGUCUGCGCUGAUGGGAUCUUGUCACCUUUCUCCGGACCUUGCCAGAUGCAUCGGCAACAGGUACAAGCGCUCGUUGCGGUUCCAAUUACGACUGACGUGGAACUUCGCAAGUCGAGCCAUGUCUCCAGUCAUUGGAUCGAUCAGCAUCUGAUGACGCUGACAGAUACUCCGAAAUGCUUCCCGUACAGGCUGCCUCAUGCAACGAAAGGGCACCUGAGGGCUCACAUUUGCUGCAUCGAACCCAUCUCGGUGAGCAGUCAUCCACCAUUCAGCGCUGGCCUCUUCAAUUUCAUUCGCAUGUUCUCUCCCAUUCUUAGGCUACGUCAUCUUGGACAGGCCGAAAGUACUGGUUGGAUAUGUAGGUACGACGUUGAUACAAGAACGACACGGCCUUCGAGACGAAACACAGAUUUGGGCGGCAGCCAUUUCCGCCCGCUCCAAUUUCCUAUACGAUGCACGUCAAACACCACGUUUGGCAUGCAUUGCUUCCAAUUUGAUGUUUCAAACAUAAAGUUCAGCAAAUCUCUACAUCGACACAUCGAAGCGACUGGCUUUAAAUCGACGAAGAAAUUGAAGACGUCAGCGUCUCCCACUCAGGAGAGACUUGAUUGUCACCACUUAUUCGUAUCAAGCGCAAAUCCGAAUACAGUGGUUCAAUCAACUGCCGUCCUGCCACUAAGUGUCACCGUCGUCAUCGGCUGAAGCGACUGUAUCACCACCAAACCUUCAAAAGUGGCAAUAGAAACAAUGA